GCCUGGGUCUGGUCACGGGAUGUAAAGAUGGCGUUGGAUGUUCAGGCCCGGGACUGGGAGUUUGACCGCUUCGAUGAAGGAUCCCAGAGAAUCCAUGCUGAAGUUCAGCUUAAGAAUUAUGGAAGAUUUCUUGAGGAAUACACCAAUCAGUUGAAAGGAAUUGAAGAUGCAUUGGAUGACUCAGUUGGGGAUGUCUGGGAUUUCACUCUGGAUCCAGUAGCUCUUAAGCUUUUACCAUAUGAACAAUCUUCGUUGCUGGAGCUUAUUAAAACUGAAAAUAAAGUUCUGAAUAAAGUGAUUACGGUGUAUGCUGCUCUUUGUUGUGAAGUGAAGAAGUUGAAAUAUGAGGCUGAAACUAAAUUUUACAAUGGGCUUCUGUUCUAUGGAGAAGGAGUUACAGAUUCGUGUAUGGUGGAAGGGGAGUCACAGAUCCAGAUGGGCAGGUUUAUUUCUUUUCUACAGGAGUUAUCUUGUUUUGUUACAAGAUGUUAUGAAGUUGUAAUGAAUAUUGUUCAACAGCUCGCUUCACUCUACACUAGUAAUAAGAAUGCACCAAAGGUCAUGGAAACAACUGGAGUUCAUUUCCAGAUUGUAUAUGAGCAUCUUGGAGAACUGCUGUCUGUUCUCCUCAUUUUGGAUGAAAUAAUCGGGAAUCAUGUUACCUUGAAGGACCACUGGAUCAUGUACAAAAGGUUAUUGAAAUCUGUCCACCACAAUCCAUCAAAAUUCGGAAUUGCUGAGGAAAAGUUGAAGCCGUUUGAGAAAUUGUUGUUGAAGCUGGAGGGGCAGUUACUCGAUGGAAUGAUUUUUCAGGCCUGCGUUGAGCAGCAGUUUGACACAAGGAAUGAACCAACCUCUGUCUCAAAGAAUAGCACUUUUGCAGAAGAGUUUGCCCACAAUAUUCGCACUAUUUUCACCAAUGCAGAAUCCAAGCUUGGGGAGCCUUCUGAAAUUGACCAGCGAGAUAAAUAUGUUGGGGUUUGUACACUAUUCGUGUUGCACUUCCAGAUUUUCAGAACGUUAGAUAAAAAACUGUACAAAUCUUUAAUGGAUGUUUGCAAGAAGGUACCUGCCAUCACCCUCACUGCCAAUAUUAUUUGGUUUGCUGAUCAGUUUUUGCUGGAUAAAAUGGCACCAGCUGCGAAGAUUGUAGAGAAAAAGAAUUUACAAUCUAUUAAAAGUCAGAGAGAAACAUUUCUACAACAAAAGGCCCAAACUCUAUCUAAAGAUGUGCAGUCAUAUUAUUUGUUUGUAAGCUCAUGGAUGAUGAAAAUGGAAUCCAUCUUCUCCAAGGUACAGAGUGUAGAGAAGUUUGCUGAACACCUUUCCAACCGAUGCAAUAUUUUUAUACAGGGUAUUCUAUAUGCAAACAGCCUCAGUAAUAUUAUCCGAACCACAAUGAAUCUUUACAUGUCAAUGCAGAAACCCAUGACUAAAACAUCAGUGAAGGCUUUAUGCAGACUUGUGGAGCUUUUAAAGGCAAUUGAACACACAGUCCACAGGAGGACGAUGGUAAUAGCGGAUUCUGUGUGUCAUAUUGCUCAAUACCUUCAACAUCAGGCCCUGAAUUCAAUCUGUGUUGCUAAGAAAAGAGUAAUAUCUGACAAGAAGUACAGUGAGCGACGCCUGGAUGUGCUGUCAGCCCUAGUCCUGGCUGAAAAUGCUCUCAAUGGUCCCAGCACUAAAGAGCGUAAACUCGUAGUCGCACUUGCGUUAAGUGUGGGAACACAAAUGAAAACGUUCCGUGAUGAAGAAUUGCUGGUGUUGCAAGUGGUGCUGAAGAAGUUGGACUUGAUCAGUGAGCUCAGAGAGAGGAUUCAAAUUCUGUGCAACUGUAACUUCUUGUACUGGCAUCGAACUAUUUUCCCCAUCUAUUUGGAUGAUGUUUAUGACAACGCUGUAGAUUCUGCGAGAGUACAUUACAUGUUCAGCGCUCUGAGGGAUUGUGUCCCACCUAUGAUGCAUGCAAGACAUCUGGAGUCCACCCAAGUAUUGCUGGAAUCCUUUGAUAAAGAAAUCAUGGAUGUGCUGAAUGAGCAUCUUUUGGAUAAGCUUUGUAAAGAGAUUGAGAAGGAUCUGAGACUGUCUGUGCACACACAUUUAAAAUUGGAUGAUCGGAAUCCAUUCAAUGUUGGCAUCAAAGACUUGACAGAUUUCUUCUCUAUCAAACCAAUCCGUUUCUUUAACCGAUUCAUUGACGUCAAAGCAUAUGUAACUCACUAUCUGGACAAGACCUUCUAUAACUUGACAACAGUGGCUAUUCACGACUGGGCUACCUAUAGUGAAAUGAGAAAUCUUGCAACCCAGCGCUACAGCCUCUCAAUGACAGAGGCACAUCUUCCGAGUCAGACCUUGGAGCAGGGAUUAGAUGUUCUGGAAAUUAUGCGAAACAUUCACGUGUUUGUCUCAAAGUAUCUAUACAAUCUCAACAAUCAGAUCUUCAUUGAACGAACAAGCAACAAUAAGCAUUUGAAUACGAUCAACAUUAGGCAUGUCGCAAACUCAAUCCGUACACAUGGAACUGGCAUUAUGAACACAACAGUCAAUUUCACCUACCAGUUUCUGAGGAAGAAGUUUUAUAUUUUCAGCCAGUUCAUGUAUGAUGAACACAUUAAGUCUCGCCUAAUCAAAGACAUUCGGUUCUUUAAGGAGACAAAAGACCAAAAUGAUCAAAAGUAUCCUUUUGACCGUGCAGACAAGUUUAAUCGCGGCAUCAGAAAACUUGGACUAACUCCAGAGGGACAGAGUUAUCUUGACCAGUUCAGGCAGCUUAUUAGCCAAAUAGGAAAUGCAAUGGGGUACGUUCGGAUGAUUCGAUCCGGUGGACUACAUUGCUGCAGUAAUGCGAUAAGAUUUGUUCCAGACUUGGAAGAUAUUGUGAACUUUGAGGAACUUGUAAAAGAAGAAGGACUUUCAGAGGAAACUCAAACAGCUGCCAGACAGCUAGAUUCUGUCCUUACUGAUCUCACUCGAAACUCUGCCGAGGGGACUGAAUACUUCAAGAUGCUGGUAGAAGUUUUUUCUCCUGAAUUCCGCAGUUCUAAGAAUAUGCACCUGCGAAACUUCUACAUCAUUGUGCCACCACUGACAUUAAACUUUGUUGACCAUUCAAUAAGUUGUAAGGAGAAGUUGAAUAAGAAGAAUAAAGUUGGAGCUGCCUUUACCGAUGAUGGCUUUGCAAUGGGUGUAGCCUACAUUCUGAAACUGUUGGAUCAGUAUCAGGAAUUUGACUCCUUACACUGGUUUCAGUCAGUGAGAGAAAAAUAUCUUAAAGAAAAGAAUGCCGUUGUCAAACAGCAAAAUGUCCAAUCAACUAAUCAGGAUGAAAAGCUCAUGCAAACAAUGAAUUUAACCCAGAAAAGAUUGGACAUCUAUUUACAGGAGUUUGAGCUGCUGUAUUUCUCACUGAGCAGUGCCAGGAUUUUCUUCCGAGGAGACCAGUCUGCAGCAGAAGAAACUCAAGACAGAAAAGAGAGAGAAGAUGAAACAGCCAAAUCAAACAGUGAUGACUCCUGAAAAAAGUUGUCAUGGUGCCACAUUCAAUGAAACUUAUCCAAAGGCAUAUUUCUCUCCAUCUGAUCCAUGUUCCCUUUCACACACUUGCUUGCAGUUUGUUUUAGAGUUGCUUUUGUUUUCUUAUCCAGUCACAGAACUGGAAAGUGCUCACUACAUGCCCCUUUACAAGAGAAAGCAGAUUCUCUGGCUGAUUCAUUUUUGAUUUUGGUUUAAUGCAACAAAAUACUAGGGUCCAAAUUUAAUUGAAUGGCAUUAUGCUCAUGCAGUGGCAUAUCAAAGCUCACUCUAAUUGCUUUGACCAAAAAUAUGUUUUUGCAGAAAGGGAAGCGAAUGCUCCAAAUUAUAGUAUGGUUUUAGGGCAGUGGUAUUUCACAAUUGUACAAAUCGUAAUUCCUGCAGUCCGUGAUCCAGUGGCUAGGGGACAGGGACAAAAGGAUGGUUAAACUCACUUUCUAUUAGACAUGGGAUCUGGUUUCAGAAUGAUUAUAAAGCUUUGCUGAGCAAAACUGAUCUGUCGUCUUUCUGCAGUAUUGUGCUGCCCCAGUGUUUGUCUUAACUCCAUUGGCACCUAAACAGUUUCAUUCAAGCUAUUGCUCUGAUGAUGUAACAGCAGCAAUGCCCCCUGCCACUCUAACACAGAUGAAAUCUUCCCUUUAAAAGCAUCUAAUUCUACAAAUGUGCAAAUGUAAAUAUUUAUGUAUUUUAGAAAUACUAAACAGUGCUAAUAGGAAUUCUUAUUUGAAUUAAUCAUAGCUCAUUUAAAAAAGAUGAGUUUGAUAAAGUAUCUCUUAAGUUGCACUUACAGCAGGUUUUGUCAAAACUUUAAGUAGUUUUUAAUCACAAACUACCAGGUACAAAAUGUAACUUUGUGAUCUUUGCCAGUUUAUAAUACUCAGGAAUGUUGGACCAACAAAUGUUUGUUGUUUCAAAUAUGGUUUGCUACUUCAAAACAAUAAAAGAGUAUCAAAAUGUGA